GAGAGGCGAACAGAGAGCGAGAGAGAGAGAGAAAUACACCGCUCUGGGGCGUGCCCACAAAAAAAAUGAGUUCUUUAAGGAAAAUGCAUCUGAGGUUGGCAGAGUCACAGAAACAGGGUGGUGGGUAUAACGAGAACCACUUUAUGUGAAGCCUCCUCCUGGAGCACUGAGUCGGUCUGAAGCCAAGGGACCAUAGGCACGCAGAUUAUUGAAWGAACACGGAGAUGACUGGUUGCAGAGUGGGUCUUCAUAAUCCAUGCAGUUGAAUCAAAAUGGAGUCCUUCAGCUCUAAAGACAUGGCCAUGAAGGCCCAAAACAAAAUCCUCAGCCGUAUGGCCAGCAAAUCCAUGGUGCAGAUGUUCAUUGAUGACACCAGCAGCGAAAUCCUGGAUGAGUUCUACCGCGUCUCCAAGAUACACUCUGGGAACCGCACAGAAGCCCAGAAGGUGGUCAAAGACCUGGUCAAGGUGGUGGUAAAGGUGGGCAUUCUCUUUCGGCACGAUCGCUUCAGCAAAGAGGAGCUCAGCCUGGCACAGGACUUCAAGAAGAAGCUGCACCAGGGGGUCAUGACGGCAAUCAGCUUCCAGGAGGUGGAGUUCACAUUUGAUAAGGCUGUCAUGACAGAUCUUCUGACGGAUUGUAGGGACAUCCUGCUGAAGCUCGUAGAGAAACACCUGACUCCCAAAUCCCUCGGGCGCAUUCGGCAUGUCUUCAACCACUACUCUGACCAAGACCUACUGACCAACCUCUACACCCCCGAUGGCCCUCUCUGGCCUAAUCUCACCAAGAUCUGCAGAGACCUGAACAAACUGGUUGAGGAAGGCAAGCUAUGAGUGGGAAUUCCAAACAGUCCUGGAAAAAUUAGAAACUUUUGCAAGCCUAUUAAGGAAUUCUGAAUUCAGUUUGCCCAAUGAAAAUACCAGGAGAUAUCAUUUUGAUAGCUUAAAUGGGGACACUGAUUCAGUGUCAGUUGAUYAUGUAGAUAUUGAUUUAUGUUGGGAUCUUUAUGAGGACAUGGAAUCAUGAUCCUUGCUGUACAACAUAAGACAUCUGCAUUAGGACUGGGCGAUACACUGUGUAUUUGUCAUUAUCACAGUAUGAAUGUGCAUGAUAUGCAUAGUCACAUUUCAGUAUCUCACGAUAUUACUACCUCUGCCUAGAUGCAUUUCAGUCCAAUGCUGUUGSAGCUAAGUAAAGUCCAUUCAAAUAUGAUAUAUGAAAGAAAAAUAGCUUACAUUUUACCAAAAUCACCUAUGAAAUCCUCCAAAGAGAUAAAUAUAUAUAUAACCUGCUCUGUAUAUAUUAUGCUUCUUUGUCAGGACUCCCUGCUUCCAGCAUGAUAAGAAUCUGUYGUCUACUUUCAAUUGAUUUGUCCUCCUGUUUUAAGAUAUUCAGUUUCCGGGGAAACUAAUGGACUUUAAUAGGACAACAGUCUGCCUGUUCAGUCACAGCAGUUGCUAACCUCAUUUAAGUACUAUUCAAAUUAAAAGUGGUUAUCUAGGACCAACAGACAACCACCUCAAUUAGUGUCUGGUCCACAUCUAAGCAUGCAGCCUUAGUAUCUGUCUGAUCACUGACUGUUCUGCUUGUUACAAAGAGUUUCUGAGACCAGCUAAUGGCAUUUCAUUUCUAAUACAUGUCUGAAUUAAAGUCCUGCUGUACAGUCUUUGCAAUGAA